AUGCACAAUCACAGCCACAGUCAAGUGCCCAGCAGCAGCUCGGUGUUUGGGCUGCCAAACCAGCUCAACCAGCACAACCACGCCAUACCUAUCCCGGGCAGUGCCAGUAGCGGGGGAGGCUUUGCCCAGCGAGUAUCCAUGUCCCAGUCGCCGACGAGCAGCGUGAGUAUGAGUGCGAGUGCGAGUGCGGAAGCGCAGCGGCGGCGCAAUUCGCUGCACUCGUCCCAGACGCCAUCCACGCCGCCGGGAGGGUUACGAGGGGCUGAUGUGGCCGAUGUGCCGAUGGACGAUAGCGGGAGCGGGAGAGCGACACCAUGGCAAAUACUAUCGCAAAUACCAGCACACGCCCACACACACACACCCCUGCGCGUCCCCACACGGCCUGUCACGCGGCGACAGAACCUGCUUCCACAGUCCAAGAACUUUAGUCGAGUGCAGGACCAGCUGCGCGGGGAGAAGGCGCCACAGCAACACGAGGCGGCAUCAGAGGCCAACGUGCAGCGCCUGCUCCUGUCGGCACCUUCCUCGCCGCUUUUGCCGCGCACGCCGCGCUCGAGACACAGCCAUCACAGCCAUGCAGGACGCACGCGCACGCACGGCCGCUUUCCCGAGAGCUGCCACGACGAGGAUGAGGACCAAGAGGUGUGCAGCAGCAGCAGUGGCGAGGAGAGCGAGAGUGUGAGCGUGGGCGGGGGUAUGCACGUCGGUACCGGUACCCUCGGUGCCCUCGGUGCUUCUGAAGACAUGGACAUGAAUACCAACACCUGGGAACCGUGCGAUAGCGGCACUGUUGCUCACUCCCACUCACACCUACACAUGCCCCCGCCUAUGCCGCCGCGCGCACCACACAACACAAGUCUCAACGCGUGGCUCGAGUUUCGCGAGCCGAGCCACCCCGCGCGCGCGUCGCCGGGCGCGCGGCUGAGCCAGGGGAGUAUCCACGAUGUGGACUUGCCGAUGAACGGGAGUGGGAGUGGGAGUGUGAGUGCGCAUAGCAGCGGCAACGGCAACGGCAACGCCAAUAUGAACGGCUCCCCAAGCUCAUCCACCCAGCUCCACCUCACUGCCAACACGGGCAAAGCGGCGAAGCGGAAAUUGACUGAAGGGGACAGAUACGAACCGUAUGCGUACAGCAGCAUGAAGAGGCGAGCUGUUUCACCCAGUCUCUCAAUAAGCCAAAGUCAAAGCCAGACACAUACACAUACACACACGCAAAUGCAAACGCCAACACCAAUGCAGACACCAACACCAAUACAUUCACAUUCCACUCCCACCUCAUCUCAACAUUCCACUCUCAAACACAGAUCUAACUCCAACACAUCACGCUCGGCCAGCCCUCAACUGAGUACGGUCGUAGCAGCCGCUAGCACACCCGGCAAGGGCAGCGGAAUGGGGUAUGGAACUACGGCUCUCGGCCUUGCUGCGAGCUCGGGCAUCAAGUGGGGUCAUGAUUCAGUCGGUGGUGGCGUUGGCGUUAGCGCUCCCGUUGACGACUCGGCUCUUGAAACUGGCUCUAGCUACACCUCCGACGACGCCGUCAAAAUCAGGAGUGAGGGUGUGGAUGGUAUUUCGAGAAUGUCGCUGGGUUAG